AUGUCAGACACUUCAAUUGCAAAAUUACCUAACCUUGAACUCGCACAUUACCGUUUCAUUUUGAAUAAUCCCAAAACUCCAGAACAACAUGAAGAAGUCAAAACAAAGUUGUUUAAUAUAAUUGAUGAAAACAACAUGGCACCAUUUUACCAACUUGUAACUGAAGAACUCAAAAUUCCGUUAAACAAGGCCUUGUUGACCAAAUAUCAAGAAGCCAAUAAAGAAGAGUUACAAAAAUUAGAAGAACGACUGCAAGAUGCCGAAAAAAAUCUUGGUGAGACAGAAAUAAGCGAUGCUUUGUUAGCUAAAGCUGAUUACUUUGCCAAAAUUGGGGAUAAAGAAAAAGCACUAGCGGCAUAUCGAGUUGCUUUAGAGAAAACUGCAGGAUUAGGUUCUCGAAUUGAUAUAAUCUUUUCUUUUGUGCGGAUUGGAUUCUUUUUUAAUGAUAAUGACCUUAUUAGUCGUAAUAUUGAAAAAGCAAGAAGCAUGAUCGAAGAAGGUGGUGAUUGGGAUCGACGUAAUCGGCUUAAAGUUUAUGAAGGCAUAUAUCGAUUAUCAAUACGUGAUUUUAAAACAGCAGCAAAUUUAUUUCUUGAUACACUCUCAACCUUUAUGUCAACCGAGUUAAUGGAAUAUAAGGAUUUUGUAAAAUAUGCAGUUUUAGCAGGAAUCAUUUCCCUUAAUCGAGUUGAUUUAAAAAAGAAGGUUAUUGAUGCACCAGAA